AUGGCAGCUGAUGAUUCCCUUCCAGAGAUACUGGAAGUAUUCGAAGAAUGCCAACUUAACCACUUAGCUCAUGAUCGUCUUUGCGUUAAGCUGAAGAAUAUCUAUGAUAACACACGUUUCUCAGUGUUUGCUGAUGACUUCCUUGAGCUUUGUCGAUACAGUUUGGUGUCUGCUGAACGGUCGUUAUAUCGUGAACGGACAAUUGAUUUCAUUACAAAGUUUGCAUUAUUUUGUGGAAAAGAUUCGAAUGAGGAUGGCGUUCUAAAUACAAUACAUAAUCGUAUCUUACUAAGGCUUAUAAUAUUCUGCAUUAAAUACAAUGAAUGUCCAAAUCCUGCUGUACGAUUUCGAUGUAUGCAAAUCAUUCACAAAUUAUUAGAUGGUAUCGGUGAUAACGGAAUAUUACCUGGUGAAAUCUAUACAAAAUUACAAGAUGUAUUACUACGUCGUGUUUAUGAUGUGAAGGUUUCUGUACGUGUUGAAGCUAUUAAAGCUAUAUCACGUAUGCAAGAUCCUAAUGAUGCACAAUGUAGUGUAGUAGAAGCUUUCAUGUGGCUUACUCGACAUGAUCCAACAGCUGAAGUGAGACGUGCUGCUGCAGCCGCAAUGGUGUUGACAACACGAACAUUAGGCCAUCUUCUUGAACGAUGCCGUGAUGUAGCGGAUAAUGUUCGUCGUACUGCAUAUAAAAUACUGGCGGAUCGAAGUAUCAUACGACCUUUAUCAAUUGCCAAGCGUAUACGUAUCCUACAAGACGGUUUAUCAGAUAGAUCAGAGGAUGUUCGUAAAGCCACGAAAGCGCUAAUUUUAUCCUGGUUCAAUGCUUCAAAUAGAGAUCCAAUCCUAUUGUUACAUCGUCUCGAUCCAGAAUGUGAAGCAGAGACAUGUCAAAAAGUGUUAGACAAUUUAUUUGAUAUUCUGUCCUUGGAUGAGUUGCUUAAAGUUGUACAAAAUUGGGCGGCCACCUAUUUAACUUCUGAUCAUGUAUUAAAAUCAGAUUGUCUUACACCAGAUUCAGCAUUCUUCUGGCGAGCACUAAUUCAGUUUAUACUGGUACAUCAUGAAAACGAGGAAGUCGAUGAUCAGAAUCCUGUUGAACAGAUAGCUGAAUUAAUACAACCGUCAGUUUGUAUUUAUGUUGAUUUUGCCAAGAAUAUUGUUGACAAGUUUUUACAAUCUGCAGCUGAUCAGCAGAAAGAUGUCAAGGUGUUUGAUGAAGAAUGUAUUGUAGAACAAAUCUUAAUUAUUGGAGGUUUACUUGACAUCAGUGAAGAAUAUGGCCGACGACGUCUUCUCUCAGUGGUUCAUGAUUGGAUAACAAGUCAACAGGUUUCUGCAAAUUUAGCCCCACAAUUGCUGAAAUUAUAUGCCAUCUUAGAACCGAAUGUGCGACGUCGUGUAAACAAUGUCAUCGAGAUGAUCAGUGAAUUGUGUGAACCAACGGAACCAGACGAGCCGUUACCCGCACCACCAGUAACAACUUCCGAUGGCGCAACAAUUAAUGAAGAUUGUGUAUCAAAUGAAGAAAACGAACCCCGUGCAAUUCAAACGGCUGUAUCAAAGAAAAAGGAGAUUAAUAUACGUUUGAAGAUCGCUAGUCUUGAAGUUCGUAUGAAUGAAAUCAAUGAAUCCUUGCAUAAUUGUGUUACACGGAAAGAAUUUGAACGUGCUACUGAACUGCGUGAUGAGUGUAAAAGAUUAGAGGCGGAACGAUCACAGUUGUUACAUGAAUUACAUGGAACUGUCCUUCCUGCUGUGACAGAGAACACUACCCCGUCAGAUGGUGAACAGAAAGUAUCUGUUACUACUAAUAGGUAUGAUAAUUCCGGUACCAGUGUGAAACGUGAUGUCGAUGGCAAUAGUGUUGGCAAUGGGAGUAAAAAUUAUAUGCAGAAAGAAGAGGAAGUGGAGGACGACGAAGCAGAAGAAGAUGCUGAACCUGAAGAUGACGAUCCAAUCAAGCGUUGUUCCCCAGUUGUUUUACACAAAGCAAAUAGAUUGGCUGCUUUACUUAUUCAGCAAUCACCUACACUAUGGACUCUACCUGCUUCAUUACGUUCAUUAUUAGAUACACUGAUAUUACCGAGUAUUCAGCAUACGGAAUCUAGUGUUCGUAAUCAAGCAAUCCUCGCUCUAGGCUUAUGCUGUACAAUGGAUUUACCCUUAGCAAUGCAGUAUAUACAUGUUUUCUAUUCAGCUAUGCGUGUAGAUAAUGUGACGAUAAGUGAAACAGCCUUGGGCUGUAUUAUUGAUUGUUUACUGUUAUAUGGAUUUCGUCCAUUUCAUGAUGCCAAUAUUAAUUUGAAUGCACGUUUAGCCUCAACAGACACAAUUAUUCUUGAUGACGAUGAUGAAGAUGACAGUGUAGUCUCUUCACAUGAUUACGUUGUAUUAGCGCGACAAACGUGCGGAGAUUCAGUGGUAUCUGGGAAUCAGUCUCAUGCUUCACAGAGUAAACUGGUUCGGUGUAAUGAAAUGUCCAGGACAGCUUAUCGUCUGUUGAAGCCAAUUACUUCAAUUUUAGAAAAAGAAGAUUGUGCAGAAUUACGUUCACCUUGUGCCCUUGGUCUAGCUAAGCUCUUGAUCUAUGAUCGUAUUAUAUCAAGUCAAAUACUCAGUCUGUUAAUACUACUCUGGUUCAACCCACUUAGUGCUGAGACACCGAAACUUCGUCGUGGCUUAGGCUAUUUCUUCUCUGACUAUGUCUGCGCUCAUGGAGGGAAUCGAUCAGGGGCUUUAGAGCACCAGUUAGCUAUCGCUGAUGCUGUCCUUCCCACACUGACUACAUUGAUUCGUGCACCAGCAUCAUCAACAUUGUCGGAAGUGGAUCCAUACGCUGUCGCCUGUCUACUGGCUCGAUUAACUGAUACCACUCAUUUGUUGAAAGCUCAUACAGAAAAAGAUAAACCUGACAUCUCUACGGUCUUGUCUGGUACAAAAGAGAAAGAUGAUGAAGAUCGAGAAGGCGAAGAACAAGAAGGUGGUGAUGAUGAACAGUUGAAUGCCAAUGAAUCAAAGCCGGUAUCACUUGUUUCAGAGGAUGAGAAAAUUAAUAAUCCAUAUCAUGAUCGUUUGGUUUCAGUACUAGCUGCUGAAAUAUUGAAAGCUCCACAAUCCGCUGAAGCAAAACUAUACCUACGUAUGCUUUCUCAAUUACGUCCAUCAUCGGAUAAUGUGGAGGCGCAUAGAAAAUUAUUGAAACUUAUCGACUCGAUGUCAAAGUUUGCUGACAGAUCAUUAAAUCUUAUGCUACGUCGUUUUCGUAAACAACUUGUCGAGAAAAUGCAACGUCUUGGCAUUGAUCCCACGGCGCAGUCGAAUAAAACAAUUGAUACUACAGACAGUAGUAAUUUUGAUGUUGUUGACAGGCAGUUAAAUCAUUCUCUGAAUAAUAGUAAUAAUAAUAAUGGCAAUGAUGAGAAUGUGGAGUCUGAGGAAGAAAGUCAGCAACAUCAGCCAACAUUACUUGCUUCUGCAAGGGUUAACUUUCAUGUGUUGGAUUCAACUGAACCUAAAAUAGAUAGACAGCAUAAUGCAACGAUGGUAUUUGGACAGCUAAAUAGAACUCUGGCAGCGAAUAUUACUACAACUUCAUUUUUAGAUAAAUCACAUAAUAUCCUUGCCUUCUCUUCGUCAGAUGAUGAUACCGCCUCUGAUAUCAUACCUGUCCGAAGAUCUAACGUUCGUGUUUCACUAGCUAAAAAUAAUCAGUCAACAAAAACGCCCUCUCGUCAGCAGAAGUCUACAACUGCUACCUCAAGAAAGUCUAAAGUUGUACCUUCUAAAUCAUCUUCACAUUCAGCAGCAUCAUCAUCGUCAUCAACUAAUCGUAGAAAAGUUGUCGUAGAAAUUUCUGACGAUGAGAAUGACAAUGUGAAUGAGAGUUCUGACAGCACUAUUGAAAAUCAUCCAAUAAUAACACGUGAUCGUAAAAAGGUACGAAAAUCCACACGUGUCCUGGAAACACCUUCACCAGUGUCAGUACGAUCGACCAGAAGUAGUAGUGCUAGUAAUUGUAGUAUUACACGAAGAUCCUUGCGUUCUUCUGUGUUAAGGUCAUGUAAAAGGCCAUAA